AUGGGGAAGAAGCAACACAGCAAGGACCGUAUGUUCAUCACGAAGACGGAGUGGGCCACCGAAUGGGGCGGCGCCAAAUCCAAAGAAAUUCGGACCCCUUUCAAACGUCUCCCCUUCUAUUGCUGCGCUCUCACGUUUACCCCUUUCGAGGACCCAGCGUGCACAGAGGAUGGCAGCGUCUUCGAAAUAAUGAACAUAAUUCCGUACAUCAGGAAGUAUGGGAAGCAUCCCGUUACAGGUGCUGCGCUCAAGCAAGAGGAUCUCAUCCCACUGGUGUUUCACAAGAAUUCCGAAGGGGAGUAUCACUGCCCGGUGUUGGACAAGGUUUUUACAGAAUUUACCCACAUAGUUGCUGUAAAGACAACAGGAAAUGUGUUCUGCUAUGAGGCAAUCAAAGAACUAAACCUUAAGACUAAGAAUUGGAAGGAGCUUCUCACUGAUGAACCAUUCACCAAGGAAGACCUAAUAACAAUUCAGAAUCCGAAUGCACUUGAUGGCAAAGUUCUCUUGGAUUUUGAUCAUGUCAAAAAUAGUCUGAAAGUCGAUGAUGAAGAACUAAAAAAAAUGGAGUCAGACCCCACCUAUAACAUAAAUGUGACGGGGGAUAUCAAGCAAAUGUUGAAGGAGCUUGGAACUGAGAAAGCAAAGGAAAUUGCAUUGCUUGGAGGAGGUGGAAACAAGGCACAAAACGAAAGAGCAGCUGCUCGUGCUGCCAUUUUAGCUGCAAGAGCACGCAUCAAGGACAACCAAAACGAUAGCAUAAAUGCCAAGCAAGCCUUCAGUAUUGUAGAUGCUGCAUCUGCUUCUGUACACGGAAGAAGUGCUGCUGCAGCAAAGGUUUCGUCAAGUGAUAAAACUACGGCCAGGAUAGCCAUGCACAUGGCUGGUGAGAGGGCCCCAGUUAAUGCAAAGAUGGUAAAAAGCCGUUUCACAACUGGUGCUGCUUCACGAUCUUUCACUUCUACCUCCUAUGAUCCAGUUACAAAAAAUGAAUUUGAAUAUGUCAAAGUUGAGAAAAAUCCCAAGAAGAAAGGCUAUGUUCGGCUAACUACCACGCAUGGAGAUUUGAACAUUGAGCUGCACUGUGAUAUAACUCCUAGGACAUGUGAGAAUUUCAUCACUCUCUGUGAACGUGGCUAUUAUAAUGGAGUAGCUUUCCAUAGAAACAUACGGAACUUCAUGAUUCAAGGUGGUGAUCCUACUGGCACUGGAAGAGGAGGCGAAUCUAUAUGGGGAAAGCCUUUCCAAGAUGAAUUAAACUCCAAGUUGGUUCACUCUGGAAGGGGUGUUGUUAGUAUGGCAAACAGUGGCCCCCACACAAAUGGUUCACAGUUCUUCAUCUUGUACAAGUCAGCAAAUCAUUUGAACUUCAAACAUACUGUUUUUGGUGGAGUUGUCGGAGGCUUGACUACCCUUUCAGCAAUGGAGAAAGUUUCUGUUGAUGACAAUGACCGGCCUCUGGACAAGGUUGGGUCAUGGUAUAGCAAUCCAGGUACAGGAACAAUGGAAUCUGGAUCUGAAGGUGGCGGAGUUGGGAAGUAUUUGAAAGCAAGAACCACACAGGCUGAAACCAUCACUGCUCUUGACAAUGGUGUGUCAGGCAUUGCUGCAGCAAAGAAAAGGAAAGUAGGUGUAACAACCAGAGAUCUCAAAGAUUUUUCUGCCUGGUAA